CGCGCCGCGCCGCUCGCGCUGAUAACGCGAUGCCACGCCGACCUGCGCACGCGCACAUAGUAACGCUCCGCAGCUUUAAGCUCGCGCGGACACUUUAAAAAAAUAUUUCGCCCCAAGUGAUGGAAUGGAUAUUUUUUAUGGACAAGUGCCCAGUGGUUAACUAAUCGCGAAUAACUAUUUUUUAUUAAUACUGUGUGUUUUACUGUUUGAACCAAAUAAAAGUGUUAAUGAGAAAGUGAAACCGAUACUCUGUGUAAUUACAAUAUUCUGAACGGAAGGAUAUUUUUAAUUGAACUCUUUAAAAAAAUAUCAAUCUUGUGCGAUUAUUAGCUAAAAACUGAAACAAAAUUGAAAAGGAUCACGUGAAAAUUUAUGAUCUUUUCUGCUGAAACAGUGUACCAUUACCGCCGCCAAGCUGACUACCGCAAAUGAGAUUAUACCCAGUUACCACGUCAAAGCGCUAAUAGGUCGGUGGCGCACGAGCCCGAUGAGCGCGUGCGCGGCGGCCGCCAUGCGCGAAAAGCACGCGGCGCCGCGCCGCCUCGCGUCCCCACCGGCAUCCCCGCUCGACCGCCACCCCAGCCCACUGAGCAGCCCCCGCGCCGACGAGCCCCUCGACCUGCGCGUCACGCACAAACGCCCACCUCGUCUCGAAGACGAGAACUGCAACCUGAUUACACCCUCGCCGCCGCCACACCCCACUCACCCUACGCACCCAGCUCAUCCUGCGCACCCAGCGCUACUACAAUUCUGUCGACGACUACCGCUAGCUCUACCGGCUUCAUUUGGCCGCUAUCCCUUCCUACCUGCAGCAGCCGCUACGCUACUAGCGCCUGGAGCUCCUCGAGCUCCACCAGUGCCUCAAAAUCCUGGGGCUCCUAGAGCAAGAGACAGAUAUACGUGCUCCUACUGUGGGAAAGCAUUUCCUCGCAGCGCUAAUCUAACUCGACAUUUAAGAACGCACACGGGAGAGCAACCUUACCGCUGUAAAUAUUGCGAACGCUCAUUUUCGAUAUCAUCGAAUUUGCAGCGACAUGUGAGGAAUAUUCAUAACAAAGAGAGACCGUUCCGGUGUCGUCACUGUGACCGUUGUUUCGGUCAACAAACGAAUCUCGAUAGGCAUCUCAAGAAACACGAAGCGGAGAACGGGGAUGACAGUCGCCGGCGGUCUCCGGAUGAGACGUACUUCGAGGAGAUCAGAUCGUUCAUGGGCCGCGUGGCGCCGGGAAGACGCGCCGCCGCCACCGCGAGCCCCGCCGACCACACCUGAUAGUGACACGAGCUGACCACUUUCACAGUUACAAUAUCUGGUCGAUGCAUCCAAAUGACUCUUGUGUAUUCUAAUAAACUAUAUUGAGUGUGAAUUUUUUGAUCAAAUAGCUAAUGAAUAAGCGCCAACUUUAGUUACAAAUCUGUUUAAUGAGCAAUGACAAUAUGAAAAUGCAAGGCAAACAUUGAAAAUGUUUCAGAACGUCAAGCCUCAAGUAAUUGUAUAGCUAAGGAAACAAUGCAAUCGUAAUGACCACGCAUCUUCAGUUCUGUAAAUACCCAUUAUUGUUACCGCGUUAGCACAUUGAAUUGGCGCAAACGAGUGAAAGUAAAUGUACUUGCCACCAAGUCGGCUAUUAGGAUAUGUAUUAUAAAUAAAGUGAUAUUGAAUCUCGUGUACUUAAUGUAAAUAUUAAGCUAUUGUAGUGUAUGUAGCUAGGUUGCGUACCGAAUUUUCUCUACCGAUAGUUAUACGAAAUAUGUAGUGUGUAUGUAUUCCUCGUCGUAAAGACAUAAAUAGAAAAUUAAUGUUAAGUGUUCAGAGAGUGUUCGCUAUAAUAGAUUACGCUAUAUCGAUGUACUGUACGGAUGUAAGUAGUUUCUUUGUACUAUUUUUUUGUAAAUUUCGCUUUAUUCGAUGUAAAAUAAUUAGUAUUAUUAGUCUGAGAGGAAACGCCGGUUACCAAUAAAAAUAUAACUUGUUGCUUAUUGAAGAUAUUAUUAAAUAUUUUUUACGAAAUGUUAGAAAAGUUGUUUUAAAAAAUUAUCUUACUUUGGAAAUUGUAUAUAUAUGUAUAAUGUAUACUGAAUGUUGCGUAAAUUAUUGUCGUUUUGGGCGCCCGCCACGGGUUGCAAUCCCGUGUGGUAAACCUGCCUUAAUUGUUAAGUUUCAAAAUAUUACGCAAAUUAGAUAUUUUUAUUAUCAAUUUUAUUGAGAUUUUUUUAUUAGAAAUUAUACAUUUAUUAGAGAUUACUCCAGAAUUGUGUUAAACAUUGUACGUAUUCCAAAAUUAUGACUAAAUUAAUGUAAUUACAAAUCUGUGAUUUAAUUUAUUACUGGACAGCAAUAAAUGAGAAAAUAUUUGUAUCAGUUAAAUGAAUCUCUCAAAGAACUAAUCUAAACGUUCCUGUAAGUAUAGAUAGAUCUCUAUGAUUGUUGCGAGUGUAGACUUGAUAAUAUUAUUUACAUAUAGACAUACAUAGAUACUAUGUCCCUUUAACCCAGGACCAAACCCAUUUCCAACCACUACAGCUCAGUUCAAAUAUUAAACAUAAUGUCAUGCAUUAAAAUAUACACGAAAAUGAUGCACGAAAAUGUAGUUUAAAGAUUCUAUGUUGUAAAAAAUUUACGGAAUUAUGUAACUCUGUGAUAAUGAGUCAAUGCAUGUCACUUUAUUAUGUUCCAUUAUGUCAUUUCCAAUACCAUAAAUAAACCUGAUUUCCUAUGAUAGAAAAUACAAAGCAAAACAACUCAAACACCCAAAUGUUGACGACUUUUUUAAGAAAUUGUAUUUUUUGUAUUAAAAUGUUUCGCGAAGCAUUGUUUUAAUCAUACAGGACAAAGAAAAACUCGAUCAUAAAAAGCUUUAAGGUUGAAUCUCAAUUUUAUAUCACAUGACAAUAAGAUCUCUUUUUGAUUAUUGCCACCAAUUAAUGUUACUCAGGAUUCAAUGUUAACAUAAUUUCAACUUUAUUGUUAUUCUCAUUUUCUGAAUGUUAUAGUGAAAACUGUCAAAGGUUUUUAUGGUCGAUUUUCCUUUAAAUCUGGUCUCUGUUCUUCCAAGUCAACGUUACCUACAGUAUGAAUGUUUUCGUAGUACUCGUACCAAAUCUUGUUUGAAUCACAUAAGAGAUGCUAUUUAACUUAUAACUAGAAUGUAUAAUUAAUAGAGAUUAUUACCUUAUUGUUUAUACUUUUGAUACCUAUUAGUCGUUCAAAGGUCACCGAAUACCUUGUCAAAAUGAAUAAAUAACAAUAAAUAUUUUA